AUGGAGAAGGAUAAUAGUAACAAGAAGAGUCUCUCGGAAACACUUGAUUUCCGCCAACUCAAAUACACAAAUUCUCCGGUGUUCUCAACCGCCAUUUUCGGUGUCAUAAUGCUGCUCAUCGUCGCCGGAACAAUUCUCUCAAACAUGUCUCUAGAAUCUACUUUCUUCUCGACUUCACCGACCUCUGAGGUAAUACAAAUGGAGAGGAAGUCAUUGGCUCCUCCAAAGAACACAACAAGCAGAGACAGGAUCGCUUGGCUUCGAUCUCAUCUCCAAGACUUCGAGGUCUUCAAGUCAACCAACCUCUCAGAGCAGUUUCACCAGAGAGUUCUUGAUUCUCUCGACGACAAAUGUGAGGUCAGAUUCUUCAUGACAUGGUUUUCACCAGCAGAGUUUUUCGGCAAGAGAGAACUUCUUGCUGUGGAAAGCGUUUUCAAAUCUCAUCCUCAAGGAUGCUUGAUGAUUGCAUCAGGAUCAAUGGACUCUCCACAAGGAGAUACCAUCUUAAAACCUCUUCUUGAUCGCGGCUACAAGGCUUUCGCAGCCACACCAGACCUUACAUCGCUGCUUGAGAACACUCCGGCCAAAACAUGGUUUCAAGAAAUGAAAAGCUGCAAGAGAGAUCCCGGAAGGAUACCGUUGUUUCAGAAUCUUUCAAAUCUUGCAAGACUAGCGAUUCUAUACAAGUACGGAGGCGUUUACUUGGAUACAGAUUACAUCGUCACAAGAAGCUUUAAAGGGUUGAAGAAUUCCAUCGGAGCGCAAACAGUUGUGGAAGGAGAUUCAAGAAACUGGACAAGGUUGAACAAUGCGGUUCUCAUCUUCGAGAAAGAGCACAAGCUUCUUUACCGUUUCAUAGAAGAGUUUGCUACGACUUUUGAUGGGAACAAAUGGGGACACAACGGUCCUUACUUGGUAACAAGAGUAGUGCAGAGAGAACAAGAAACACUUGGGAACAGUUUCACCGUGUUGCCUCCUGUUGCCUUCUAUCCUUUUAAUUGGAUAAACAUUCAGAGACUAUUUCAGACGCCAACGAGCAGCAAUGACACGACAUUGCUUAAAGAUGAUUUGGUGAAGCUGAACAGAGAAAGCUACGGGUUGCAUCUGUGGAACAGGAUCACCAAGAAACUUAAGAUUGGAAAGGGCAGUGUCAUAGACAUAAUAAUUUCAGACCACUGUAUUGUUUGCAAAGAUAUUAAAAGAUGA